AUGUGGGAUGGUCUUUAUUCAAAAGAACCAUUUCAUAAUCCAACUAUACCACGUCAUCGUGUAGUUAUUCAAAAUGAUGAUCAUGAUCAACAAAAUCCAGGUUCAAGUAGUCGUGAUAUGGAUACUUUUGGUUGUGUUCUUGUUAAAAAUUGUUCUGUAUCAGUUCAUCGCAAUUUUGAAAUUCGUCUUUUUACAAAUCCAAAUGGUGUAACUGACAAUGAUAAUGAUUGGCCUAUUCGAUUUCUUCUUUCAUCUUAUUAUCAUACGUAUGGUGAUCUUGGUAUUCCUGAUGGAAAAUCAUCAUGCGAUCUAUGCACAGUAAUGUAUGAAACAUGUCGUAAAUCAGUACCUUACAUUAAAGCACAUGAACCUAUGGCAUGUUCUUAUGUUGGCAAUGGAUAUACACGUACACAUCGUGAUAUACCUGUAAUCAAUGCAAUGCGUGCAUGGAUGAAAUUGACACCAAUAUCAGGAGCAUCUUUGGGUAUUGGACACUGUACUUAA